GUUACCUGAAGCUUUGAUCCAUAGACAGAGAGGUAACUGAGAACAGCUGAUCUAUGUAGUUACUUUGUAGGAACUCAGCAUUCCUUUAUGCGUUAUCAUAACGAAGAAUUUCGUCACAGGUGAUCUAGCAUCUAAAGAUGCUCCUGUAUCCAUAACGAGGCUUCAUCGUUAUUGCGCAUGUUCAUCUUGGGCAAAAGUUCAAAAUGGCGGAAGAAGAUUCGGAUUUUCUUUCCUCGACAUCAAAUGCUUUGUGGGACCCUUUGCACUCUAAAGACUGGGAUAAAGAAACCGUCACACCACAAUGUAUCUUAAGGAUUAAAAGAGACAUAAUGAGUAUCUAUAAUGAACCACCCCCUGGGAUGUGUAUCGUACCUGAUAAAGAUGACAUGACCAAGAUUCAUGCCUUGAUAACUGGUCCCUUUGAUACUCCGUACGAAGGUGGUUUCUAUUACUUUCUGAUUCGCUGUCCACCAGAUUACCCCAUUAGACCACCCAGAGUGAAAUUAAUGACAACAGGGGGUGGACAAGUCAGGUUUAAUCCAAACUUGUACAGGAAUGGUAAAGUUUGCUUAAGUAUCAUAGGUACUUGGUCGGGUCCAGCAUGGAGUCCUGCACAGUCAUUAUCAAGUGUCCUUAUAUCAAUUCAGUCAUUACUGAAUGAAAACCCUUAUCACAAUGAACCUGGCUUUGAACAGGAAAGGCAGGCUGGUGAUUGUAAGCGAUAUAAUGAGUGCAUACAACAUGAAACCCUAAGAGUAGCUGUAUCAGAUAUGUUGGAAGACAAGCUGAAAUGUCCAGCAGCAUUGAGGGAUGUUAUGGAAAAGUCUUUUCCAGAAUUUUAUGACUAUUAUAUGUCUGUAAUAAAUGAAAAGUCUUAUUUAAAUGGACAGAAUAUGCAAGAUCCCUUCGGGGAGAAAAGAGGAGUGUAUGACUUUGGAAGUAUACGGAAAAGACUUGAAGCCAUCAAACAAAGAUUAGACCAAAAAGCAGCUAAGAAAGUAGCAGACGAAGAGUCAAGUGAAAAUGAAAAUGCUGAUUCUUAAAGAGAGUAUUUAUUUUGUUAAGAUAUUAAUAAUAUUAUAUAGCAGCAUAGCAAAAAAAUAGUUCUCUUUUAAUAAUCUAAAUGGAUCCAAUGCUUGAAUUGUUUUCACCAAUUGAAAUCAUCCAAAUUUCCUUCUCCCUUCCCCUCUCACUGAAUAUUUUAUUUCAAUAAGAUCUUCAACUUAUGGUUGAUUCUAGGAUGCUACAGAAACUGGUUCUUGACAAAGAGUUUUUGUAGUAAAGCAAGUGAAGUGAAUACUCCAUUUUACAGUUCUGUUCAAGUGACCAUGAAUAAUAGUUGCAAGUCGAGGCUGCAGUUUCCAUGCAUAGCAAAACUAUACUUUUUAUCAUGCGAGGAAACUCCAGCCUCAGCUUGCAAUGGAACUGUAAAAUGGAGUAUUGAAGGAGGAAUCAUGCAUGUCGUUUGUCAACUUGCUUCACCUUAAUUUUACUUUGAAACCAAGUCUAGUUAAAUUAAGAUAUGCUCUAGGUAACUCAAGGGUUUGUUGUUAAAUUUAUCUGAAGAUACUGGAAAACAUUUAAGUUAUUGUCAAGGCUUAGAAAGGAGACCACAUUUGUGCCAACUUAAAAAUAGCAACAAUAAAAGUAUCAACACGAGCAGCAAUACAACACAA